AUGGCCGCCUCCACCAUGUCCGCCUGCUCCAGCAACCUCAGCUACGGCAGCAACAUCUGCAUGCCCGCUUCCCACGACUCCUGGCAGGUGGACGACUGCCCAGAGAGCUGCUGCGAGCCGCCCUGCUGUGCCCCCAGCUGCUGCGCCCCGUCCUCCUGUGUAACCCUCUGCUGCAAGCCUGUGUGUUGCAAGCCUGUCUGCUGUGUACCAGUGUGCCAGUCUGAGGGCUCCUCCUGCUGCCAGCAGUCUAGCUGCCAGCCCUCAUGCUGUGGCUCCUCCCCCUGCCAGGAGUCCAGCUGUGUGACCCUCUGCUGCAAGCCCGUGUGUUGCAAGCCUGUCUGCUGUGUGCCAGUAUGCCAGUCUGAGGGCUCCUCCUGCUGCCAGCAGUCUAGCUGCCAGCCCUCAUGCUGUGGCUCCUCCCCAUGCCAGGAGUCCAGCUGUGUGACCCUCUGCUGCAAGCCCGUGUGUUGCAAGCCUGUCUGCUGUGUGCCAGUAUGCCAGUCUGAGGGCUCCUCCUGCUGCCAGCAGUCUAGCUGCCAGCCCUCAUGCUGUGGCUCCUCCCCAUGCCAGGAGUCCAGCUGUGUGACCCUCUGCUGCAAGCCCGUGUGCUGCAAGCCUGUCUGCUGUGUGCCAGUGUGCCAGUCUGAGGGCUCCUCCUACUGCCAGCAGUCUAGCUGCCAGCCCUCCUGCUGCCCCUCAUCCUGCUGCAGACCCUCCUCCAGCGUGUCCCUGCUCUGCCGCCCUGUGUGCAGACCCGCCUGCUGCGUGCCCGCUUCCUCCUGCUGUGCCCCUGCGUGCUGCUGCCAGCCCAGCUGCUGCCGCCCGGCCUCCAGCGUGUCCCUGCUCUGCCGGCCUGCCUGCCCCCGCCCGGCCUGCUGUGGCCUCUCCUCGGGCCAGUCCUGCUGCUGA